AUGAUAUUGUACAUGGCCAUUGUCUUGUACGCGCCAUCAUUGGCUCUGAACAAGGUUACUGGAUUUAAUUUGUGGGGAUCAGUCAUUUCAGUGGGUGUUGUGUGUACAUUUUAUACAACUUUAGGUGGUAUGAAGGCUGUACUAUGGACAGAUGUCUUUCAAGUCGCUAUAAUGAUGAUUGGACUGCUAGCUACACUCAUUGAAGGCUGCAUACGAGCUGGUGGAUUUAACAAUGCCUGGGAACACGCCCGGGAGUCUGGCAGAAUUGUAUUUGACGACUUUAACCCUGAUCCUGCUGUGAGACAUACAUUCUGGUCACUAGUAAUUGGAGGAUAUUUCACGUGGCUAGCUGUCUAUGGAGUAAAUCAAGCCCAAGUACAGCGUGCCUGCACGUGUCCAACUUUGAAGAAAGCCCAAUUAGCUUUGUGGCUGAACUUCCCUGGACUUUGUAUGAUAUUGUACAUUUGCUGCCUCAUUGGAAUUGUUCUUUACGACUUCUACCGAACAUGUGAUCCGAAAUCGUAUGGUCUAGUUCAACAAGCUGAUCAGUUAUUACCGCUCUAUGUAAUGGACAUUCUUGGUUUUCUGAAAGGUCUUCCGGGGCUUUUUAUUGCCUGUUUAUUUAGUGGGGCUCUCAGCACUAUCUCGUCGGGUUUGAAUUCCUUGUCGACUGUUAUCCUUGAAGACGUUAUCAGGACGUAUAUUAUCAAAGAUAUGCCAGAAAAUAAGGCCACAUGGAUUUCUAAAAUACUCGUUCUCAUUCUUGGCUUCCUGUGCCUCGGUCUUGCCUAUGUCGCUUCCCUGCUCGGUGGAGUCUUGCAGGCUGCGUUGUCUCUUUUUGGGAUGAUUGGUGGACCUCUACUCGGACUAUUUACCCUUGGACUCUUUUUUCCAUGGGCAAAUAAAUGGGGCGCCUAUACUGGUUUAAUUGGUAGCUUGAUUUUCAUGUUUUGGAUUGGAAUCGGAGCCCAAACCUAUAAAUUUCCAUCCCCGAAGUCAAUGAUUGAUAUCUCCGGAUGUAAUUGGAAUGUUACCCAGCCACCACCAACGAUCAAUAUAACAACUAUACCAACGACAACAGUAGCAGAAGCAACAACCAUAACACCAGUUCAAGUUCUGUACACAUUGUCCUAUCUAUGGUACAGUGCUACAGCAGUUUUAACCACACUUGUCAUCGGACUUUUAGUUAGUUUUGCAACAGGGCACACCAAAGCAAAAGACGUAAACCCCAAUCUUAUGGUUCCAUUCUUUGAUAUUGUUUUUCCUUGCCUGCCCGAGAAAAUCAGAAAGCCCUUACGGUUCGGAGUUGACUAUUCUGGGAGAUAUGGUGUAUCUUCGGGCAGACCGAGGUUGCAGGUGAGUACAAUAUCAGGCAAUCACGUCAGCAACAAUCCAGUGGGUAUAGCCACCCCCAGGACUGGGAUUUUGAAGACACCUUCACAUUCGACAAGUUCUGUGGACUCAGGAAGAGAAAGCUCGAAAACCACAUCUUUUAGUGACGAUGUAUCAGUCGUGACCAUCACCUCACGAGUAUCAUAUGAAUCAUGUGUUUGA